CCGCCCCCUCCUGCUCGUCCUUGGCUUGUGAGGGUGAGGGUGAGAGUGAGACAGAGGCUGGCAGAGGGAGAAGAAAGGACAGGGGGACAAGGGCCAAGGCAGAAAAAAAUCACGCCUUGAUUGCCGUAGACGCAGCACAGCAGUACAGCACGGCACGGCCGCACGGCACGGGGAGAAGACGCCUCCGGCGCCUGCUAUAAAGCGCGAGGACUGACGAGAUGGGACUCACUCGCUGCCGCCGCGAUGCUGUGCCUCACAUCGUCGUCUUCCUCGCCGACUCCUCUCCCGCCGCCUGGUGAUCGGGCGGCGCACCCAGGGAUCGUGGGUGGCGGCGAUGUGCGCCUGAUUGUGGUGUCUGUCCCGUGUUCGGCUCGCCGGUCGCGCCCGGUCAAGGUCAAGAGCAAAUUUGCCACUGCGGUGACUGUGCAAGAAAAUAAAACUAUGGCAACUGCCAAAGAGGAUGUCGACCGUCUUCCUAUAUACAAGAUAGACCCAAAGUUGGAGGAACUAAACGACCAUUUCAGCUAUCGGAUGAAAAGAUACCUGGACCAGAAACAUUCGAUUGAAAAAAAUGAAGGAAGCCUUGAAGAAUUUUCUAAAGGCUAUUUAAAGUUUGGGAUCAACACAGAUGAUGGUGCAACUGUGUAUCGUGAAUGGGCACCAGCUGCACAGGAAGCACAGCUUGUUGGUGACUUCAAUGAGUGGAAUGGUGCGAAGCACAAGAUGGAGAAGGAUACAUUUGGUGUUUGGUCAAUUAAGAUUCCCCAUGUCAAUGGGAAACCUGCCGUCCCUCACAAUUCCAGGGUUAAAUUUCGCUUGAGACAUGGGGAUGGAGUAUGGGUUGAUCGGAUUCCUGCAUGGAUUCGUUAUGCAACUGUUGAUGCCUCUAAAUUUGGAGCUCCCUACGAUGGUGUUCAUUGGAAUCCUCCAGCUUGUGAAAGGUAUGUGUUUAAGCAUCCUCGACCUCCAAAGCCUGACGCUCCACGUAUCUAUGAAGCUCAUGUGGGGAUGAGUGGUCAAAAGCCAUCAGUAAGCACAUACAGGGAAUUUGCAGACAAUGUGUUACCACGCAUACGAGCAAAUAAUUACAACACAGUUCAGUUGAUGGCAAUUAUGGAACAUUCCUACUAUGCUUCUUUUGGGUAUCAUGUAACAAAUUUCUUCGCAGUUAGUAGCAGAUCAGGCACACCAGAGGACCUCAAAUAUCUUGUUGAUAAGGCACACAGUUUUGGGUUGCAAGUUCUGAUGGAUGUUGUCCACAGCCAUGCAAGUAAUAAUGUAACGGAUGGUUUAAAUGGCUAUGAUGUCGGACAAAGCACUCAAGAGUCCUAUUUUCAUACAGGAGAUAGGGGCUAUCAUAAACUUUGGGAUAGCCGGCUGUUCAACUAUGCUAAUUGGGAAGUCUUGAGGUUUCUUCUUUCUAACCUGAGAUAUUGGAUGGACGAAUUCAUGUUUGAUGGCUUCCGAUUUGAUGGAGUUACAUCAAUGCUGUAUCAUCACCAUGGUGUCAAUAUGGCAUUUACUGGAAACUACAAGGAGUAUUUCAGUUUGGACACUGAUGUGGAUGCAGUUGUUUACAUGAUGCUUGCAAACCAUUUAAUGCAUAAACUCUUGCCAGAAGCAACUGUUGUUGCUGAAGAUGUUUCAGGCAUGCCAGUCCUUUGCCGGCCAGUUCAUGAAGGUGGAGUUGGGUUUGACUAUCGCCUGGCUAUGGCUAUUCCUGAUAGAUGGAUUGACUAUCUAAAGAACAAAGAUGACUCUGAAUGGUCCAUGGGUGAAAUAGCGUAUACUCUGACUAACAGGAGAUAUACUGAAAAAUGCAUUGCAUAUGCUGAGAGCCAUGAUCAGUCUAUUGUUGGCGACAAAACUAUAGCAUUUCUUUUGAUGGAUAAAGAAAUGUACACUGGCAUGUCAGACUUGCAGCCUGCUUCACCAACAAUUAAUCGUGGAAUUGCACUUCAAAAGAUGAUUCACUUCAUCACAAUGGCCCUUGGAGGUGAUGGCUACUUGAAUUUUAUGGGGAAUGAGUUUGGUCACCCAGAAUGGAUUGACUUUCCAAGAGAAGGCAACAAAUGGAGCUAUGAUAAAUGCAGACGUCAGUGGAGCCUUGUGGACACUGAUCACCUGCGGUACAAGUACAUGAACGCAUUUGAUCAAGCAAUGAAUGCGCUCGACGAGAAAUUUUCCUUCCUUUCAUCAUCAAAGCAGAUCGUAAGCGACAUGAACGAGGUGGAAAAGGUUAUUGUCUUCGAACGUGGAGAUUUGGUUUUUGUUUUCAAUUUUCAUCCCAAGAAAACUUAUGAGGGUCACAAAGUUGGAUGCGAUUUGCCUGGGAAAUACAGAGUAGCAUUGGACUCUGAUGCUUUGGUUUUUGGUGGACAUGGACGAGUUGGCCACGACAUUGAUCACUUCACGUCACCUGAAGGAGUACCAGGAGUACCUGAAACAAACUUCAACAACCGCCCUAACUCAUUCAAAGUUCUAUCUCCUCCCCGCACUUGUGUGGCUUACCACCGUGUGGACGAAGAGGCUGAACAGCUUCAGAGGAAAACAGGAACAAGUGCUGAGAAGAUUUCUCCAGAGUUCAUCAAUGUCGAUGCUGCCCCCCGUCAAAACGCCUACCACCAAAGAGUCUGAAGAAUCAACAGACAGGGACGCAACAUCCUGUGGUGAGAGGGGUUGAACCGAAACCGAGGAUGAUUCUGGCAAGAAGGGAAGGAAGUUUGUGUUUGGGUCCUCUGACAAAGACUCCAAGUAAAGCACCGGAUCCUUGAGAGGACUGGCUGGUGGUGCCCUUGUAAUAGUUGUGCUCUAUAGCUCGCAGUGGGCUGGUGGUAUUGUAGCAGUGUAGUUCAACUUCUGGCUUGCCUUACUUGGUUUUGGUUCUUGAGCUGUAGGUCACCGAGUACUGCAUGUAUAGUACUCCAAAAAGAAGAGAGUAAUCAGGGACAGAGGAGCCAUGUCCUUCAUCUGGAUCUUGGCCAUCUAUGGCUAAACGUGCCCAUAAUAUGUAAAGUACAGUUUCUGUGAAAAAUAAAACCCUGGGUUUGUUUGCAA